UUUCAGACGCAUUUCGCCUUCUAUCUUAGUUGAGCGAUAGCUGUCGUUAGAUCUUCCGCCCCCAUCUCCGCAUUACAAUAGAGGCCCCUUUGUUUUAUCGCUAUUUCUCGCCCUGCUAGACUCUCUUUGCGAGCCGACUUUCGAAAAGUUACGUUCACAAACACAAUGGCCGACACAACCCAAAUUCCCAUGAAUGGCACCUACCACGCACAGCCUGCCUACCCUGAUUCAUACAAUCAUGCGCACACUGCUGUCAACAGUGUUUCGAACUUCCAGCCGGCACAGUCCUCCACGCCUUCCAAUGCCCCAUCCAACGACCAGAAAAAUGGUAUCUCCAAGGACGAGGUUGGGUGGUAUUUCGUUGAGCAGUACUAUACCAACAUGAGCCGCAGUCCGGAUAAAUUACACCUUUUCUACUCUCGACGAUCGCAGCUUGUAUUCGGUACAGAGGCCGAAUCCGUUCCGGUUUCCGUUGGCCAAAAGGCUAUCCAAGAGAAAAUUAAGCAGCUUGACUUUCAGGACUGCAAAGUUCGCGUAUUGAACGUCGACGCUCAGGCCUCGUUCGAGAACAUCCUCAUCUCGGUGAUUGGCGAGAUCUCCAACAAACAGGAGCCCUCUCGCAAGUUCGUGCAGACCUUUGUUUUGGCCGAGCAACCUAAUGGUUAUUACGUUCUCAAUGAUGUUUUCAGGUACUUGGCCGACGAAGAGGACGUCGCCGGCGAGGCUGCUGUCUCGAACAACAUCGCUGAAGAGCCUGAGCUUCAGGCACCUGCCCAGACUGCCGUUGAAACUACCCCGGAGGCCGAGGACUCAAAAGUGGACAAUGAGGUGGCUGCUGCUAAAGUGGAUGAGAAGCUCGAAGGCGUCGAAGAAUCCGAAGUGGAAGCACCUGCCGCUGAACCCACUCAGACCAAUGGAACCGAGAAGAAUGAACCCGGUGCCGAAGCUGCGGAGGAACCUGCCGCCACGGCUGAGGCCGAGUCCUUGAAACCUGAGCAGCCUGCGACCCCCGAAUCGACCCCAGCUCCCCCAGCGCAGAAGGAGGCUCAAGCUCCCGCCAAAGAGCCUGCCGCUCCCGCCAGGGCUCUUCCAAAGACUUGGGCUAACAUUGCCUCUAAGGUUGGCGCUACUGCACCUGUUGUCCCUGCCAUCUUUGCUGCCCCUGCUAAGGCUCCCGCUGCGACGUCCACUACCGCCCAAUCUGCCGCACCGGCUCCUCCUGCUGCUGCUACUGCCCCGACCACGGCCCCGGCUCCUGGUCCUGAGAGUGUACCUAGUCAGCCAUCAUCCACAGAUGGUUCCGGCUGGCAGACUGCAGGCCAUGACCACAAGAAGUCCCAGGCCCGCACCGGUGACAACCAAGCCGUCCUUGGCUAUAUCAAGAAUGUCACUGAAAAGGUCAAUGCGGAUUUGCUCAGAGAAACACUCGAGCGCUUUGGAAAGCUUACCCAUUUCGACGUGAGCCGUCAGAAGAACUGCGCUUUCAUCGAAUUUGCUGACCGCGCCGGCUACAACGCUGCUGUCGCUGCAAACCCUCACCAGAUUGGAAGCGAACAGGUUAAGGUCGAGGAACGCCGGCCUCGUGGGAGCGUUUACGGUGGGAAUGCCAACUAUGGACCCGGACGUGGUGGUGCCGGCCGUGGCCGUGGCGAUCGUGCCGGCAGCCAGGGUCGCGGUGGUUUCCAGCGUGAUGGACGUGGAGGUUUCGCUCCUCGAGGUCGCGGUGGAAACGCCAAUGCCAAGGGACGCAACCAGAGCCAGGCUGCUUGAAGCGUGUCCUUUGCCAAUAAGAAAAGGUAAAAAGAAUGAGGGUGUUUCCCAUGACGCAGUCUCAUCCCAUGAUUCAGUCGUAUGACUCUUAACCUUUCACCCUGGUUCGAGACGGUAUGCAAGGCUUUUUCGUUUGUAUGCUUCUGUGAUCCAGGACAUGUAUUACUCUCCCCCAUUUACUGAUAAUGACGUGUGUUAUGCGACGCCCUACCCCUUAUCACAAUGCAUAUUAGCGGUUGGAAAAAGUGUCAUACUCAUUUCCAUUUCUAGCUGAGGGUUUCAUUUGGCAGGUCCUUCAUGACCUUUUGUUUCUAUCCUUGUGUUGCCAUGAUAUUUAUUUCACUUUUAGCAUA